AUGGCACACCAAUUGCACUUGGACCCGGUCUCCAGCUAUACCCAUGGUUGCCACGGUUAUGUUCCUGAUAAUCCACCUAGUCGUCUCAGGAGUGGAACAGCGAUUCGACACUUGACUACCGUCACAGGCCGCCGCGCUGCCAACAAGUACCAAAUGAAACAUGUGCCCACUGCUUCGCAUCCGUCAUAUCGGGGGCGCGCAUCGCCCAAUUCAAUAGUACGCUGGCACAAUGUUUUGCGUGAUGUGGUGACCAUGUCUUGCGAUCAUAUAUUCCAUCCGUUGUGGCGGCCUCGAUCAGCCGAACAUACACGAACGCACAGUGUGCCACAUGCUGCCUUUGCUGGCCCCAGAACCCGUCGUCGUUGA